AUGUCAUUUCAUAAAAUUAUUAUCAUUUUUGGUAUCCUAAACACAUUUAUGUUACUAUGGCUACUAUAUAAAUAUGAUGUAUAUAAUAAUUGGACGGUAACAAUACAAAUGAAUAAUGAUGAUAUAUUAAACAAUUCAAAAUUGUUAACAUUUAAUCAAUUAACCAAUUUACAUGUUUAUAUUGUGGAAGAACAUCAUGAAGUCAUUCCUUAUUGGUUUGAUGCUGCCAAAUCAUUUAAUAAUAAGAAAGCUGUUUUGCUUCAUAUUGAUGCCCAUAGUGAUAUGGAUUAUCCAGAAUUAGUAGAUGAAUUUCCAAUUGGUCAUAUUCCUCAUUCAACUAAUGAAAUGAAAACAUUAAUGCAAACCAAUGAUGAAUUUAUUCAGAGUGCAAUUAUUACGAAUCUUAUUCAAACUGUAUAUAUUAUAUAUCCAUAUUGGACAUUUAAUACAAGUUAUGCAUAUACAUCUAGUUUAGGUAUAACAACAAUUAAUAAUACAAAACAAAUUUGUAUGUGUCUUAAUAUUAAUACUACUGAUAAUAAUAUUGAUAAUGAUGAUGAAGAAGAAGAUCAUUGUAAAACUCGUAAUCAAGUUAAUCCUUUAAAUGAUUUUAUAUUAUUAUCAAAUCAAUGUCCUAAAACAUGGUUAUAUCAUUAUAUUGAAUUAAAUUCAUUAACAGCAUCAAAUAUUUUACGUUAUUCAAAUUAUUGGUCAUUAAAUAAAUUAUUAAAUUUAAAUUUAAUAAAUCAUUCUAAACCAAUGACAUUUUAUCACCAAGUAAAUCAACCAAAUCCUCCACCUCCUCCUCAUCAUCAUCGUGAUGAUUAUUUACCAUUAAUACUUGAUAUUGAUGAAGAUUUUUUUGGUGUACAUUUAGUUACACAUAAUUUAUUAAAAUCUGGUUUAAAUAUAAAUUUUAUUCAUACAAUGAAUUCAAUUAUUUCAUUAAUAUUUUGUCCAAUUAAUUAUAUUAAUGAAAUACAUAUUGAUCAAAUUUAUCGUUGGUUACUUGAACAUAUUUAUAUGAAUAUACAUUUAAGAAAUAAUUAUAAAUCAAUAAUUGAUCAUAAUCAAUUAAUGAUGAUAAUAAAGAAAAUCAAUAAAACUCUUCAAAUCACUGAUAUAUUCUGUUAUAAUUAUACAUUAUAUCUAAUGAAAUUAAAUGAAUUAUUUAUAAAUAAUACAAUUACAUAUAAUCAAAUUAAUGUAUUAAAAUAUGUAGGUAUUUGUUUUACUAAUUCAUUAAUAACUUAUCAAUAUAUACCAGAAAUACAUUUAUGUUUAGGACAUAAUUUACCUAAUCAAUCAUUAGUAGAUGAAUUUUUACCAAUAUCAAAUGAUUUAUUAAAAUUAGCUAUACAUUUUACACAAAUUUUAUUAACAAUCCCAUAUCAACCAAAUAUAAUUACUAUAGCUCGGUCAUCACGUGAUGGUUAUACACCUAGAUGGUUACAAUAUGAUAUUGAAUUAAUGAUAUUAAAUAUAAUAAAGAAAGUAUUUCAUUUAACUGAAAAGAAUAUAAUUUAUACAAAUCAUUUAGCUGGUGAUAAAUAUUAUGGUUGGUAUCAUCGAUUUAAAUGGACAAAUGAAAAUCAAUAAAAUACAUAUGCCAAUAACAGACUGAUCAAUUUCAGUCUUAAACCUCAAUUGGGAAGAUAUAAGCCAAACAAUACCAAGUGAAUACAUAUUAUGUAAUUUUUAAGAAAAAAAAAGAAAAAGAAAAAAAUGUAACAAUAGACGAUUUAUAAACAUGUAAAUACAUCAUAAUUGAAUAAUGCUCUCGUCAGAAAUUCCCAAUGGUUUACAAAUCUUUUAAAAAAUAAUAUUGGAUGGGUUUUGUGGAGAUUUUAGUAAUUUGUAUAAGUUGAAUUUAUAAAUCAAUUGAAGCUAGAUCAAUAUGGAUAACCUAGAAGCACUGGACGGCCGUUUUGUUGUAGUAUGCGAUUCCUCGAUCUCGCCCCACGAGAUUCUAAUCCAGGAUCUAUCAGUCUAGCGUGUGAAUGCUUAACCUCUAGACCACUGAGUCGGCCGGUAUUCAAUUGUGUUGAGAAGUUCUAUACUAGGACGAAACGGCCAUCCAGUGCUUCCAGGUUUUCCAUGGUGGUCUAGCUUCAACUGAUUCAUGAAUUCAACUAUAAAAUAUUAAAUAGUUGAUUUAUUUCAACUUUGUGACUUCCCGGUAUAAAUAUUCAUACAAUCGAAUAGAAGAACUUUGGGUAAACAUUAUACCAUUUAGUCAACAAAUAAGAGUUUACUGAUUUAAAUUUUGAGUCAUAUUACUUUCAUAAUCUAUUGAAAAAAGUCAAUAAAUGAUAAUUAUAAGGAUGAUUUAUAUAAUGACUAUUGUAUAAUUUGAUGUUGAUUUAUAAUAUUAACUGAUAUCAGCCGUUCUCAAUGACUGUUAAGUUGAGCUCAAAUGACUG